UAUAUAUAUAUAUAUAUACAUUCACCACCUGAACACCUUCUCAAUCAAACUUCACGUACAAAGCAGUAUAUCAGCUUCUCUCUUGAAACUAACUAAUUCAAUUUUUCUUUUUGUUGUCAACACCUAAAAUAGACGUUUAAGGAUUAUGAUGAAUAGACCCAAUUCCAUCACCUAUAUCUUUUCAGUUAUCUCUCUGUGGUUAUUAUUUAACAUACAAUGUGAAGCACAGUUAUCCUCAACAUUCUACGAGUCCACAUGCCCUAAUGCAACUACCAUAAUCCGAAAUUCAAUCCGCGGAGCAAUAGCUCGUGAGAGGCGAAUGGCGGCCUCGAUUAUUCGUCUCCAUUUUCAUGAUUGCUUUGUCCAGGGUUGUGAUGCUUCGAUAUUGCUAGACGAGACGCCUUCAAUCCAAAGUGAAAAGACUGCUUUCCCUAAUGUCAAUUCAUUAAGAGGCUAUGAUGUGAUUGAGGCCGCCAAACGUGAGGUCGAGCGAGUUUGUCCCGGAGUUGUUUCGUGUGCCGAUAUAUUAACGCUAGCAGCUCGUGAUGCCUCAGCUUACGUUGGUGGCCCAUCAUGGAAUGUGAGACUAGGAAGAAGGGACUCAACCACUGCCAAUCGUGAUCAAGCGAACACAGACCUUCCGAGUCCCUUUGCCACUCUCAACAACCUCAUUUCUGCUUUCGACACCAAAGGACUUAACACAAGAGACAUGGUUGCCCUUUUUGGAGCACAUACAAUAGGACAAGCACAAUGCUUUUUGUUCAGGGCCAGAAUUAAUAGCAAUGGAACUGACAUUGAUGCCGGAUUUGCAAGCACGCGAAGGCGUCGGUGCCCUCAAACGGGCGGGGAUUCGAAUUUGGCCCCACUUGAUCUGGUGACGCCAAAUUCGUUCGAUAACAACUAUUUCAAGAAUUUGGUGCAAAGAAAAGGCCUCCUUCAGUCGGACCAAGUCCUUUUUAACGGAGGAUCAACAGCCACAAUCGUAUCACAGUACAGUAACAACCCUAGACUUUUUGCCUCAGAUUUUGCAAGUGCUAUGAUCAAGAUGGGUGAGAUUCCAGCAGGACAGCCUAAUGGAAUUAUAAGGAGGGUCUGUAGUGCCAUUAACUAGCUAGUCGAAUCAGACCAUGCAAGCACCUAUUGGUGAUUUAUUAAUUUUCAAGUGAUUUUAUUUAUUUAAUUUUCCACCAAUUGUCUGUAUGCCGUGAUCGUUAAUUGUACAUCAACUAGAAUAUUUUGUCGAACAAUAAUUAAUAUUCUUUUAGGUCCGGCAUGAUAAAUAAAAAAAUCACGUGUCUUCUUUUUUAGAGAUGUUAG